AAAAAAAAAUCACUGUAUUUCUCUCUCUCCCUCACAUGCUUCCAAACCCUCACUCUCUCUCUAAACUUUCUCUCUCUAGAAUCACCACCAGCAUCAACGGCAACACACCGACUGCGUACUCACCGGACCUCCGUCUGCCGGAAAAUCAACCGAUCCACUCUUCUCCUUACAACCGCCUCCAUACAACCGAUCGAAACUCAAAACUUCAAUGGAAACACUGGACGCACCUGUUCCAGAGGUUCGAAGCGAAUCAGAACCAGCGCUUGUGGAGGAAUUAGGUCAAAAUGCUGAUGAAAUCGUCGUGAAAGUUGAUGAGCUUGAGAAAAGAUUGAAUGAAGUUGAGCAGUUCUACUCAAAGACAAAUAAAAAGCAGUCCAACGCUUCUAAAGGUAGUUCAGCUGGGAAAGAUAAUGAUAAAGAUAAACAAUUACCUAGCUUUAAAAGGCGACAGCUGGAUGCAUCACGCAGAGAAGCAGCUGCUGCAAAGAGAAUGCAAGAUCUUAUGCGCCAACUUUCUGCAAUACUACGUCAGCACAUCAUGGGGCACAAAUGGGCUGGACCAUUCAUGCAACCUGUGGACGUUGUAGGGCUUGGAUUGCAUGAUUAUUAUGAGAUAAUUGAAAAGCCAAUGGACUUCAGUACAAUCAAGAACAAAAUGGAAGCAAAAGAUGGCAGUGGGUAUAAAAACGUUCGAGAAAUAUGUGCAGAUGUGAGAUUAAUUUUUAAAAACGCCAUGAAGUAUAACGAUGAGAGAAACGAUGUUCAUGUCAUGGCCAAGACUUUGUUAGCAAAAUUUGAGGAGAAAUGGCUGCUGCUUUUGCCAAAAGUUGACGAAGAGGAAGAAAGAAGAAAAAAAGAGGAAGCAGAGGCUCAACUAGAUAUUCAGCUUGCUCAGGAGGUUUCUCACGCUAAAAUGGCUAAAGAAUUGAAUACCGAACUUGACGUGAUUGGCAAACGUCUUGAGAAAAUGAGAGAAACGGUGCUUCGAAAUUGCAGAGUGCGUUUCAGGAAAAUGUCUACAGAAGAGAAGAAAGCGCUGAUGACAGUUCUGACACAGUUAUCUCCCGAUGAUCUGAACAAGGCGCUAUUAAUUGUUGCCGAGAAUAACCCCAGCUUUCAAGCAACUGGUCAGGAGGUUGACCUUGAUAUCGAUGCACAGAGUGAGUCGACGUUGUGGAAGUUAAAGUUCUUUGUGAAAGACCUACUUCAGAGUCAAGGAAAGAGUCCGACAAGCAUCGGUGGUAACACCACUACCACCACCGUCAACCACAACAAUAAUCAAAAUAAGCGGAAACGAGAGACCAAUGAUGCACCCGCAAAGCCUUCCCAGAAAAAGAAUAAAAAGCCUUCUUAACGCUUUUGUUUCUUGGUUAAAUCUGUGAUUAUGUUAAUAAUACAUCUCUGUUGACAUCAUAAUCAAGGUUAGCUCAGCUGAAUCCGUACCAAUUUGUUUGUUUAAGUAACAUCUAGUGGAAACUUCUCGGUAUUGGAGUCGUUUGUUCCAAUGGAUAUUUUUGACUAUGCUUAGGUUGGAUAUGCCAGUUUUAAUCGUUUAUACAAUCGGUCAGGAUUUUCCGGGUUUUUUU